GAGAUGUGAAAGGUCAGGAGUCAGAGUUACGGGGAUAUCAGAUCCCUGUCCUGGGGCUGGUGAGGUUCCAGUGCCCACAGUCUGCUGCUGCUGGGCAUUCUUCACUGUCCCGAGGUUGUAAAUAAACCCACUGCACAGACUGCAGCACAGGAUUCACAGCCCUUAGCCCAGAAGCAGCUGGGCCUUAGAGGUGUUUGCUCAUGACCUUUUUUCUUGCCACACCUUGGGGCUCUUGGGAGGAGCUGAGGUCAGAGCUGCAGUGCCAGGAUGCUGCCUCUAUCAACGCGGGUGUUCGGCCGCCUUCUGGGUCCCGUCACAUCCUUCUUGCUCAAUCAUUGGGUGCUCAGCAUGGAAGCUGCUCUCCCCUAUCUGGAAGGCAGCACACGGAGUGGCUGCAUGGAGUUGUGUUUGGAGACCGAAGCGGCAGCCUCUCUCCCAGGCUUUCUGUAGCCAGCUUGUGCUGGAGGAAGGGGAAGCGCUCCAUGCACCUGCCCCCCCACCCCCACCCCAGGCUGGAGAAGAUGGAAGGACAAGUGGUAGGCCGGAUGCUCAGGCUCUUCCGCAACCGGCUGCCUCGACUCCGAGCAGGAUCUCUCCAGGACAAUCUGAGGGACGCUGUAAAGGAGCCAGAAAGGGCCCAGGAGCACUGUCUGCCCCCCUUUGCUGGAGGGCAACACUUCUUUGAAUACCUCCUCGUGGUUUCCCUCAAAAAAAAGGGUUCGGGGGCUGACUAUGAGCCCACCAUCACCUACCAGUUUCCCAAGCGGGAGAACCUGCUUCGGGGCCAACAGGAGGAGGAGGAGCGGCUGCUCGGAGCCAUCCCCUUGUUCUGCUUCCCAGAUGGGAAUGAGUGGGCACCGCUCACUGAGUAUCCCAGGGAGACCUUCUCCUUCGUCCUGACCAACGUGGAUGGGAGCAGGAAGAUCGGAUACUGCAGGCGCCUCUUGCCUGCCGGUCGUGGCCCUCGCCUUCCCAAGGUGUACUGCAUCAUCAGCUGCAUCGGCUGCUUCGGCCUGUUCUCCAAGAUCCUGGAUGAGGUGGAGAAGAGGCACCAGAUCUCCAUGGCGGUAAUUUACCCGUUCAUGCAGGGCCUCCGAGAGGCAGCCUUCCCUGCUCCCGGGAAGACUGUCACCCUCAAGAGCUUCAUCCCCGACUCAGGCACGGAGUUCAUCUCCCUGACGCGGCCCCUGGACUCCCACCUCGAACACGUGGAUUUCAGUUCUCUGCUGCGCUGUCUCCGUUUUGAGCAGAUCCUUCAGAUCUUUGCCUCUGCGGUGCUCGAGAGAAGAAUCAUCUUUCUGGCAGAAGGUCUCAGCACCCUGUCUCAGUGCAUCCAUGCUGCUGCCGCGCUGCUCUACCCCUUCAGCUGGGCACACACUUACAUCCCCGUUGUCCCCGAGAGACUUCUGGACACUGUCUGCUGCCCCACUCCCUUCAUGGUUGGAGUCCAAAUGCGCUUUCAGCAGCAGGUCAUGGAUAGCCCCAUGGAAGAGGUCCUGUUGGUGAAUCUUUGCGAAGGAACCUUCUUAAUGUCGGUUGGUGACGAAAAAGAUAUCCUUCCACCCAAGCUUCAGGAUGACAUCUUAGACUCCCUUGGUCAGGGGACCAAUGAGCCACAGACUUCAGAACAGCUCAACGAGCAUGUUUCGGGCCCGUUUGUGCAGUUCUUUGUCAAGACGGUGGGCCACUAUGCUUCCCAUAUCAAGCGGGAGGCAAAUGGGCAAGGCCACUUCCAAGAACGGGCCUUCUAUAAGGCUCUGACCUCCAAGGCCAACCGCCGAUUUGUGAAGAAGUUUGUGAAGACACAGCUCUUCUCUCUUUUCAUCCAGGAAGCGGAGAAGAGCAGGAACCCUCCUGCAGGCUACUUCCAACAGAAGAUACUUGAAUAUGAGGAACAGAAGAAACAGAAGAAAUCAAGGGAAAAGACUGUGAAGUAAGAGCUGUGGCCAACAGGAGGGACUGGACUCACAGGCCCGUUUUGGACUCUGGCCCCUGCCAGCAUGGCGGGGUCGGCAAAGCACGCCGCCGCCUCCAGAAUCCACAGCCUUCUGCCAGGUCCUGGUGGCCAGGUCUUGGGUUUGGGACCCCUGGAAUCAGCUUUCUCUGGACUCCGGGAAGGCUCCGGCCUGUGUGCUCCGAGCUGGGCUCCACGCGGCAUGUUCUGCACGGGCAGCGCAGGGCGGCAGGCCGCAGUUAGCACAAGUGCUAAGGAGCUUCAGAAGCCGCCGUGACUGCCCUCUUCCCGGAACCACUAUUACAAAAUCCUCAACACGGAAAGCACUUGUGGCCCGAAGGCUCCGUCUCUCCACAUGAAAAGAAGUCUGUGGACAGGUGAAGCUAAGAGUAAAGAUGAACAUCUCCCUGUUGUCUAUGUGUUGUCUUU